AAGCAGGAGUAUUUUGUUAGCUGCUUAUAAUGUAUGAUUUAUGAAUGGAAUUUGUUUAUUUACAUGUAUCCAUCUCAUCUCUGAAAAUGAUUGUCUACUGUGUACUUUUCCUUGGAGUAGCGACCAUCACCUGGGGUCAAAAUGAGAUAAUUACAGAAUGGACUGUAGAACAGUUUCCUAAUCCGGAGACGGAGCCAGAAAAAUGUGGAGGGAUAAGGGGACGUAAAUCUUAUUUAUGUGACCCAAACAGCAUACUGACCUCUUCUUUUGCUGAGCUGGAUCAUGCUCUGAACCAGACCUUCAUGGACACACAAUGUAUAUGCAGUGCCUAUAAAUGCCGUGAUUUGAAUUAUCGCCACGGAGUUCACAUUUCUGUGGCUGUCCUGGCAAACCUUAAGUUAACCCAAGGGAGAACAUCAGCUUUACCAGAGGUGGAACAUUUUGCCCUACAGCUGGAGAGCAGGCAUUGGAACUUUGGAGCUUGUGAUAAUGACGUGGUCAUCGUCUACUCAGCCGGGGAUAAUGUGAUAUACACUGCCACAGGAAGUGCUGCAAAUUACAUUUUAGAUACACAGAAAAUCAAGGACAUUACUAGUGCAAAUGGAAUUUACUUCAGGAACAAGAACCCAAUGGCUGGUCUUUAUGCCAUGAUAAUGGAUUAUAGGAAUGUAUUUCGGGGAGGAUACCAACCAUAUGCAUUGUAUCAAGAAAGUCAGAAUGUCAGAGGAUUAGCGUCCAUGGUUACAGCAUCAACAUCCUGUUUGUUGGUUGCCAUAGUUACAUAUUUAUACAACAAACUUUGAUUAUUCACAGUCUAUAGAGGGGAAAAAAAUCAGUUCCAAAAUGAAUCUUGAUUACUUAAAAGAACAAAGUUUGUAAAGGGCCUUUAUGACUUCCUUUUAAUGAAUGAGUCUUAAUCAAACACCUGUGAUAAUGCCCAUUUCAAAAUCUAAAUUUCUUUUAAUGAAUAGCCUACUCCUUUAGGGAACUUGAAAGUACAAAUUUGAACAAUUUCAGAUCUGAUUUUCCAAAAUAUUACAUGUUUCUAGAAUUCAGAGCUACGUUUAGCUACAGAAAACAAAACACAAGCCAGUCUAUUGGCAGUAUUUCUAUAUUUUUUGACAUAUACAUCUUGAGUAUCAUUAUCAAAGAUGAGCUUCCUUGACAAAAAGGAGGAGUGAAUUCUGAUAAAAUUCAUUACAAAAAAAUGAAGAAUUUUGGGGGAAAAGCUUUACCGUACUCUGUCACUUUGUUGGACUUCCAUUAGCUGUAAAUUAAACGUUGGUUUUGAUCCAGGCAUCGACAUUUUAGGUUUCCAUCGAUCCAGGCAUCAUUUUAGGUUUCCAAUUUCAAAUUGUGCUUUCAUUACAUUUGAGAAGGUCGAUUUUAGUCCUUAUCAUUCUUCCUCAUGCACCAGUGUGGUGGAAAUCUAAACUUCUGAUUUUAAAGACUUAUAAUGCUUCAUUUUUACCAUUGAAAAUGAUAGCCUUGGUUGAUCUUUACUAACAUUACAGUUUCUGUUCUUAUUUAAGCUACCGUAUAUACUCGCCUAUAUUAGUCGGUUCGCAUAUAAGUCGGUUGUAUCUUUUAAGCUUAAAUUAUAGGGAUUGAACCGCUUAAAUACUAUACUUUUAAUAACUCGCGUAUAAGUCAGAUAAAGAGUUUUGGACUAAAGUUUAACUCUCAAAAAACCGACUUAUAGGCGAGUAUAUAUGGUACUUCAUUUAAAAAAAAAAGUUUUGUUUUGAACAAGGAGUUUAUGUGACAAGAUCUGCUUUUUUACUACAUGUACUAAAAUAUCCUUUUUAUGACAUUUAAUUUUUUUUCUUUUUUUUUUGCCAUCUGUACAAAACAAUUUUAUAUACAUGUAGUCCUUUUAUUCUACUUGAAUGUAUCUAUUAGCUGUUUUUAUAUCCUCCAAGUCUUAAUCAAAUUUACAAGGCAUAUAAUAGCAUGUGAAAGUUUCAGGUCAGUAAUUUUUUUAUGCUUAAUCCAUAGGAGGAUUUUUAUUUGUGAAUCUAGUAUGCUUUUGGAUACAUGUAUAUUGAGUCUCUUGUUUCUUUAUGUGAGUGAAAGCUGAACUGUAAAUCAACUCUCCAAUAUGACUUCUAUGACAAUUUGUGAUUUAUGAAACUUUUUCUUUUGAGGUUCAAAUAUGAAUAAUUUGUUGCCUGCAAUAAACCUUUGUGAUUUUACAGUCCUCUUGAAAUGCAUGCAGAUUAUUUACAGCCAGAGGAAGUUGGUUUACAGUUAGAGUGAGGGUCAGUGAGAAUGGGUUAUUUAUUUGUAUCGUAUUUUAAUGUGUAUUUACGAUGAUCAAAUGGUGCUUUCUAAUGUUAUGAAUUGUGUGUUUUGUAAAUUUAUACAGGGUUAGUGUAUAAAAAAUAUACAUGUAUUGUGAUUGUUUUGUUAUGGAAUAUUACUGUUUUUAAAAUGUUUCUUUAAUGAAAAGUACUAUUUUACAUUGUUUUGAAUGCCAAAAACGGACAGCAAUGCCAGAAAAGUGUUGUUUACAUCAAUGUACAAUGAUUUUCUUCUUUUUCAGUUUAUUUCUAAUGUUACAAGUGUGUAGUUCAAAUAGAUUAUCAAGGUUAUGAGCAUGAUUAUAAUUAUUAUAUUUUGUUUUGACUAUCGGAAAAUGAUGGACUUCUGUAUUGUUAUCUAGAUUUUGAGAAUAUUACAGUAAAUAGAUUGUCAGUUGGGAUAUCUUCUCCUAUGGUUGUAAUACGGUGUAUUACUAAAUGUGUUUUUGUAGCUGUAUAAAUAUUAAACCUACUGGUAGCUAACAAUAAUUAAGUUCGUGUGUGUGUGUGUUUAUGUUUUUGACAUUGAUUUUUGACCAGUUACAGAAAAUUUUCUUAGGAUGUGAUGUAUUUUUAAUAAUAGACGGUUUGAAAAGUCAGUAAACACCAUUUAUAAUAUAUAUGUGCUUCCUGUAAAUAUAUUUUAUCAAACAUUUUUUACCUGUCCAGAAAUACUCAACAUAAGGGUACAUGUAUGUAUAUGUUUUUCCUCAAUACAUGUAUUUUUCCUUUUUGGAUAGUAAUUUUAGAAUGUUAGUAUAUUUUUCUAGAAAACUAAUUUUUCUCUUUGUUUUUUAGCUCUACUGGUCAGAGACCAGAAGAGCUUAUGCGAUAGUAAGGCGUCCGUCGUCCGUCCGUCUGUCUGUCUGUCUGUCCGUCUGUCUGUAAACAAUUUUUCAAAACGCUACUCCUCCUACAGUUUUGGUCCGAUUUCAAUAUAACUUGGCACACAAGUAGACUAUACUAAGAUACAUAAUUUAGUGCAUCGGUUUUUGAUUUCGAUGGACGGUGUUGCCAUGGUUACUAAAAAUAGAAAUUUCUGUGAAAUUCCUUUAAAACGCUACUCCUCCUACAGUUUUGGUCCGAUUUCAAUAUAACUUGGCACACAAGUAGACUACACUAAGAUACAUAAUUUAGUGCAUCGUUUUUUGAUUUUGAUGGACGGUGUUGCCAUGGUUACUAAAAAUAGAAAUUUCUGUGAAAUUCCUUUAAAACGCUACUCCUCCUACAGUUUUGGUCCGAUUUCAAUAUAACUUGGCACACGAGUAGACUACACUAAGAUGCAUAAUUUAGUGCAUCGGUUUUUGAUUUCGAUGGAUGGUGUUGCCAUGGUUACUAAAAAUAGAAAUUUCUGUGAAAUUCCUUUAAAACGCUACUCCUCCUACAGUUUUGGUCCGAUUUCAAUAUAACUUGGCACACAAGUAGACUUCAUUAUGAUACAUAAUUUAGUGCAUCGGUUUUUGAUUUCGAUGGAUGGUGUUGCCAUGGUUACUAAAAAUAGAAAUUUCUGUGAAAUUCCUUUAAAACGCUACUUCUUCUACAGUUUUGGUCCGAUUUCAAUACAACUUGGCUUACAAGUAGACAACACUAAGAUACAUAAUUUAGUGCAUCGGUUUUUGAUUUUGAUGGAUGGUGUUGCCAUGGUUACUAAAAAUAGAAAUUUCUGUGAAAUUCCUUUAAAACACUACUCCUCCUACAGUUUUGGUCCGAUUUCAAUAUAACUUGGCACACAAGUAGACUACACUAAGAUACAUAAUUUAGUGCAUCGGUUUUUGAUUUCGAUGGACGGUGUUGCCAUGGUUACUAAAAAUAGAAAUUUCUGUGAAAUUCCUUUAAAACGCUACUUCUUCUACAGUUUUGGUCCGAUUUCAAUACAACUUGGCUUACAAGUAGACAACACUAAGAUACAUAAUUUAGUGCAUCGGUUUUUGAUUUUGAUGGAUGGUGUUGCCAUGGUUACUAAAAAUAGAAAUUUCUGUGAAAUUCCUUUAAAACACUACUCCUCCUACAGUUUUGGUCCGAUUUCAGUAUAACUUGGCACACAAGUAGACUACACUAAGAUACAUAAUUUUUUGCAUCGGUUUUUGAAUUCAAUGGACAGUGUUGCCAUGGUUACUAAAAAUAGGAAUUUCUGUGAAAUUCCUUUAAAAGACUACUCCUGCUACAGUUUUAGUCUACUUCUAAUAUAAUUAGGCAUACAAGAAGACUAUACUAAGAUACAUAAUUUAUUGCAUUGGUUUUUGAAUUCGAUGAAGAGUGUUGCCAUGGUUACUUAAAAUAGAAAUUUUUGUGAAAUUCCCAUUAAACGUUACUCCUCCUACAAUUUUGGUCUGAUUUCAAUCUAAUUUGGCACACAGUUAGAAUACACUACGAUACAUAAUAUGUAUUUCUGUUUUUUUUAUUUGAGUGAAUGGUCAUGGUUACUAAAAAUAGAAAUUUCCGUGAAAUACUUUCAAAACGCUACUCCUCCUACAGUUUUCAUUUGAUUUCAAUAUAACUUGGCACAGAAGUAGACUACAUUAAGAUACAUAAUUCUAAUUAUUGUUGCAUGUUGCAAUGUUUCAAAUCCAAGUGCUACUUUUCUUUUGUUAUACAAACAGACCAGUAGAGCUACAGUCUCAUCAGAGACUUCUGGUUUAAAGUUUUGGAUUGUCAUCCAAAACUGUAUUUUUGAAAACUGUCUGAUUUUUAGGAAAAAAUAUUCUGUAAAUGUACACAUAAAAAAAUAGAAUUUGAUAUAAUUAGAGCAAUUAUAUGAGUUUCCACCAAUUUCAUAUAUUUUGCCCUUUUUUUCUUGCCAUCCCAGUGAAAAUUUGAGACAUUAAAUUUUAUUAUUACAGGAGUCUGAUUCCAUCAGACAUGAUAUGUUAUUCAAUAUUCACAGCAAGUUUGUUGUAAUGAAUUGAGAACUGAUGCCUCUAGUGUGUACUUUUGGUGUGAGGUACAAUACUUCUUCUACAAUACCCUUAUGUUUGAAUUACAUGGAAAAAUAAUUAAAAAGAUUCUGUGUUUUGAUAACUUCACAUUUAUAAGAGUAUUAAAUUAUUUUUUCACACAAAGUAGGACUGUUUAUGCUUUAAUCAUAUCUUGAAUGUGUAUGUAGUCAUUCGUCUAUAUGAAAUAAAAUAUUUUGUAUAAAA